AUGUCGAACAACGCAAUCCCAACACCCGACCCCAGCGACCCCAUCACCCAGAUAAAUUGCGUGUAUGCGAUAUCCGGCUCAUAUGGCCUCCUCCCACGCCUCCUCUACUAUGUGACAUUGGUGUUUGCCAUCUUCGGCCGAAGCCAGGAAUGGCUGAUCAUCGGCGCGCUUGUCAGCGCGCUGACCUACGCCGGCACCGCGUCGAUCCACAUGAUGGCGUUGGUGUCGAGUAAAACCCGCGUGUUCGAUCUGGACAUCAUGGCCGCCUGGGCGGUGCUCAGCACGGGCGCGCUGGGCUACAUCGGCAUGAUCCAUUGGAGCUCGACGCUGCGGUACUCGAAUGCCCGGUGGAUCAUGAUCUGCUGGGGGAUUUUGGUCGGAGUGGGCUUGAUCUUUGGGCGUGCGGCGUUGUUUGAUACCCAGUUGAGUGAUCCUGAAGCGGCUUGUUAUUCGACCUCGGGGAGGUUUUUGGAGUACCCGAUUGAGCUGAUCAGUCCGGAGUUCGAGUGUUCUUACAAGUGCUUCGGUGUGUCGAAGCCGAUGCGCCAUCUCUCCGAGAUUGUUGCUGUGCCAUCGGAGAUGCUGAAGGAUAAGUAUUCGAGGUUGGCGGUCGCGCUCGUCGGGCCGAUCCAAUUUGCAGCAUAUGCGGCAUUGAGUAUCGAUACGCUCGACCAUAACCCCUCACAGAUGUGUCAAAGAGCUGUGAUGAAGUAUCUCAUCCACCCUGGUCACGCCGAUUCACUGACGAAGACGGUCUACAAUGCGUCCGCUGAUGGGUGGUAUGGAGGCUAUUUCGCGCUGCUGAAUUACCUCUGGAGAUCGAAACGGUCCAUCAAGAAGACACUCAUCUGCUCCGUCACUCUUCCGUGGCUUUUUCUCACGUUUUUGAUCGACGUGUUUUGUCUGCCGCUGAUGGUCGCAAAUAUUAUACUAAAUGAGAUCACCCUUUUGCAGGGCAAUCUGCCUGUGAACGAAACGAACAAUGCUGUCGGCCAGUGGGGACCUGUUGUUAACUCGCUGCUUGUGGUCUUCGCUGCCUGCUUGAGCAAGUUUAUUGAAAUGCGACAGAGAUCAAAGGCGGUCAAGGACUUGGAACAACACCAUGGAGCUGUAUCGAUGGUUAAUUCUGAACUGGAGCAGGGGUCCAUGGAUGGACAGGAGACCGGUGUGAUCAAGCCGAAACUUGCGCAUGUCCAGACUCUGCAAGAUAUGGAUGAUUGGAUGAAGAAGCCAAAGAGGUCAAUGUAG